AUGGGUAGUAUUCAUGUGGAGCCACUCACUGCCUGUGGAGACGAAACAGAGUGUUAUGGAGGCAAUAGAGAGGGAAGACAGAGUUUUCAUUCAAUUUCCACGAAAGAAGAGAACCUUGAGGAUUCCUAUCUCUACUCCUUCUUACUACUGCACUAGAGGAGAAUGAGCCUCUUCUUCUGGAACGAGAGAGCCGACGCCGCAGUGGCUGGUGAGGUUGAUGAGGGCAAGAUCAAAGAUUUUGAUUUCUUGAGCCCCGCUGAAAAAAGGAUCAUAGAAGAACAUGCCAAUAAUGAACGUGAAGAAGGAGUAGACGUGAUACUCGUGGCUUCUGAUCUAAGGGAAUUUAAGUUGAAUUUGAGGAGAUGGGUCAUGGGGACCUCUCCUCUAUACAUUUUGGUUUCAGGGUGGAAUAAGGUGGUCAAAGAAUGCCGUCUAGAGGAAGGUAAUAAGAUUCGCCUCUGGUCUUUCCACGUUAAUGACCAGCUCUAUAUCGCUAUGGUUCCUCUUUCGCCAACUGAGUCCGGCAAAUCCGUAUCCGAGAGGAUAAGCCCUGCGUUAGUGAUCAAGGACAAAGCUAAUGAUGGCUUGCCGCACAAGUAAGCUUGGGGGUUUUUUUUUAGGGAGGUUUUAGGUUUUUCGCUUUGUUUUGGGGGUUUUAAAAUUUAAGAAUUUAUCAUCAGAUUUGUUUUAUUUAGAUUCUCAAAUUCUCAUUAGGAGUCUCGAGAUGGUUUUUAGGUGUUUUGCUUCAUUGAAUAUUUGAUGAUAUCAAUGACUUUUAAGGAUUUUUGGAUACGAUUAUU